GUUUUUCAUCCUUACCUUCCUACCCACUGCCCUCCAAAGUCCCAGCGAUCGACUCCAUUAGCUGCCGGUAUUUCUGCGGACACCGUGCGACCUCCCACUCGAUCUGCAUGGCAUACCACGCAUGAUUUAGUAAAAGCACCUGUUUUCACCCUCCGUCUGAAACCAGAGCCCAGUCUGCUGUCAUUGGUUAGCUGGCCGGCUGGAUGUCCCAACCCUCCUCACAAGCACCACUAUGAUUAGAAAAACCAACACUGCUUUAAGAUCAGAUUCUUUCCCGCCCUGGUCGUCCGUCUACUUGUUAUUCACCGCAAGUCUCUUGAGCACAGAACUGAAGUGUGCAGGGGGGAUGUUAGUGGCGUCCACGGGCCCGCAGACCAUUCAGAAGGCCCAGGGAGAGAGCGUGACUUUGGGCUGCAGUUACACACCGAGCCCCUCGGACACUGGAGAGCUUGACAUCGAAUGGUCCGUCGUCAGUCCAGACACCACGCAGAAAGAUCACAUGCUCAUGUCCUUCACCAGCGGCACUACGUACAUCCAUGGGGACAACACUCUUGGGAAAGGGUUGAGCUUUGCUGCUCCAGACCCCUCGAUGGGGGACGCGUCCAUGUCCAUCGCCCUGCUGUCCACCGCUCACAGCGCCACCUACCAGUGUAAGGUGAAGAAGUCGCCUGGAGUGGACGCCCGUAAGGUGUCCCUGGUGGUCAUGGCAAGGCCGUCAGUGCCUAAGUGCUGGGUGGAGGGAGGAGAGCUUAUCGGUGAAGUUGUCUCCCUGCACUGCCAGUCUGCAGAAGGCUCCACUCCCUUACAGUACAGGUGGGGGAGAGAAAACGCUGGCCCCUUCCCCGCUGCAACCACACAGGACAGCGUGACAGGGGAGCUGAGAAUCAGGAACCACUCGCACAGCUCCGCAGGAUUCUACCUUUGUGAAGUGAACAAUGCUGUAGGAGCCGAGCGCUGCCGGAUCAACCUGAGAGCGAACAAACCUCCAAACCGAGCAGCGGUGAUAGUCGGCAGCAUCGUUGGCUCUCUGCUCCUCAUCUUCAUGCUCGUGGUGUUCAUCGGGCUCCUCUACUGGAAGCUGAGCGGCAGACGUGACUCUGAGAAGGAAUUCUCCAACGACAUCAGGGAGGAUGCUCCGCCUCCUGAGAGCCGCCCGGUCAGCCGGCGUACGAGCAGGAGCGCCAGCCAGCAGCCGGGGGCCGCUUACCGUCAGGUGGGCGGGACCGAGGUGAGCUCUCCCGACGACGGACACACACACUCUCCAUCCAGCAACAGCCGGGGACACACACCGGACAAACACAGAGCAGAAUGUGACGGAUUCUCAGUGUGACAGUCAACCACAGAGCUUCACUGUAAUGUUUCAACAGCAAGUAAAGACAGUUUAGACGCUUCAAAAUGAAACCUGGAGCAGCAGGACUCUGCGUAGAGCCUAAUUAAAUUAUUCGACUUGUGUGAUCUUUUUGUAACAUUGUUCAUGUCAGUACUUUAGGAUAAUCGUACUCGAGUAGGAAGAGUUAUUACAAAAUGUAGGGUAAUAUCACUGUUUGUAAAUCAACUAAAAAUAACAUGUUAAAGGGGCCUAUUGUCCUUAUAGGGGUUUUCCCUUUCCUGUUGUGUGUUAUACAGGUUUUUAUCCAUGUGAAUGGUCUUCAAAGGUUAAAUAAAA